CAGAAUGAACUGUACCAUACAAUAAGUCAGGUUUGUCGACACUGGGAGAAAUUGUCCAUUUUACCAGAUUUCUGGAGGACAUUUAGCUAUGAUGAUUUAUGUCAACUUCCUCAGUCGUUGGUUCAGCGAUAUUCUACAAUGGAAAAUCGUGUGGCACAUAUCAGAAAUAUACAAACAUAUGUACAGGAAUUAAGUAUUACUAGAAUGGGAAUAAGCGAUAUCCAAACAAUUGUGUUUCCUGACUUAAAGCAUUUACAUAUUCUAGAAGAAAUAUAUGGUCUAUCGUUUAAGGACGUCCUUAAAAGAUGUCCAAAGUUACAAGCUAUAGAUAUACAUAUGUAUAAUCCAAUGAUCUGUUCUUUUGAUUUAUUUUGCGGGCUUAAUUUGAAAGAAAUAAAAAUUUCUUUUCUACUUCCAACGUCAGAAACAAUAAAUAAUGAUCUAAUAUUCUUAACUGAAGCCAAUCCAAAUCUUGAGAAGUUAGAUUUGAAUGUAAAAGUAAAAUACGGUAACGUAUUACAUUGUGGUGUGCAUCUUCAAUUGGAGGAUCAUACAAUAAGACAAAUUCUAAAUCAAUCUAGAAACUUGAAAACUCUGGCCCUUCGAAACUGCUCUGUGUCAAGUAAAGGGUUCACGUCAUGUGGUAUUAACCUUGGAUUAACAGAAUUAACUAUUUCCAACUCUUAUUUGUUCGAUGACAACGGAAUAGAAUGUGUAACAAAAAAUGCGAAAAAUCUCUUAGUUCUAGAAAUACUAGAAUGCAACAAAAUUACAGACAAAAGCAUUGCAUCUAUUGCUGAGAACUGUCCACGUCUUCAGUGUCUUUCAAUUUAUCAUCCACACGUAGGAGUCCAGAUUACAAACGAAAGCUUGCUGGCUAUUGCUAAUGCAUGUAGAAACUUAAAAAGAUUAUAUUGGCGUUUUCGAUCGAAAAAUCGCAAUACAAUGGACAGCGGUGUAAUCGCAAUUGCUAAUUCCUGUAGAUUUCUUGUGAAGAUUUCUUUUGACAAUAAUGUAGAUAUUGGCGAUUUGUCACUAUCAAGCAUUGCUACUUACUGCCUUUUUCUACGCGAAGUAAGUUUUUCUGGUUGUUACGGCAUAACAUUUAAAGGAGUAAAAUCUUUUAUUUCGUCUUGUAUAUGGCUUGAGAAACUCGAUUGCUCUUUUUGUGAAGGUAUUAUGGACGACGAUUACUCAACUGUUACAACAAAUACAAGAAAAUCAAAUGAACCUAGAGAAACAACUGAUGAGACCAAAAGUAAUCAAGAUAAGCCUGAAGAGUUUUAUAAUCGUGCGGAUGGUUGUGUUCAAGAUGAUGUAGCAAUACCAUACACUGAUCCACAGACAGAACGUGUUUUUAUUAGGCAUCAUUACCAUGACCAAGAUGACAGGUCUAUUGUUCAUUCACAUCUUAAAUAUUUAAGCCUGAAAGCAUGCAGACUUUUAUCGAAUGUGACUAUUUUGACAUUAUUUGAACUGUGUCCAGACCUCAGAGAAGUUGACUUGAUAGGCACAAAUGCAGAUAUUGACCAACUUUUGUACGAUAGAAUUAAGCAAUUGUGUCCCUUUUUAAAUCUAGAAAAUUCCCAAGUACCCCCUUGAGGUUGCUUCCCUUUAAAUUGGUUCAUAAAAUGUACCUGGAAGGUGACAAUUUCAUUAUAUUAUCACCUCCGCUACUACUAUACAUUACCGCUAUUACUGCUAUUACUACUACUACUACUACUACUACUACUACUAAUACUCUACUACUACCUUCUCUACUACUACUCACCACUAUUACUACUACUGUUGCUUUUACUACCCUUGCAAUUAUUACUACUUUUACAUCCACCCACUAAUACUAAUCGAGCGUCACUGAUGAAUCUUUUGUAGACGAAACGCGCACCUAGCGUACAAAAUUAUAAGCCUGGUAUUUUUGAUGAGUUUUUUACUGCAACUUUAGACAAGAUCUAAAAGUCAUACAUUUUUUUAUCAUUUUCUGAGCUUAUAGAUCGAUUCUUAAUGAUAAGAUGUAAUAGUGGCAGUUUCUAUUACACGAAAUAAAUCAUAUUACGUUCUUGUCAAUUUUAUGGAUCUAAUUACUCAAUCAUAAACAUUGUUGACCACUAGGGCAGAUUCGUGCUACUAGUAACUGGAUGUUUGAUUGAAAUGAGCUUCACAAUGGGUGUCACAAAAGCAGCAGGAACUUUUACAAAUAUAUGAAUGUAAAAACUUAUUUCAUGUUUUUUAGAAAUAGGUUUUGCUAACAUAUUUCUAUCAGAUCUUAAAAUUUAAAAA